AUGUCUUCAAAUUUAGUCGAUUUCACUGGAGCUGAUGCACCAAAAACUACUUUUUUUAACCAACAUUCAAAAAAUCACCAAAAGGAAAAAAAUAAUACAUUAUCUAACACUAAUACUGUUUCAAGUAAUAAAUCAUUACCUUCACCAGAAUCAAUCAAUCAAAAAAUCGAUAUUAUUGAAGUCUUUACCCAAUUAAAUAUUUUAGAAAACGAAUUAACUGAAUUUUUAGAAGCAGAAAAUAAUUCAAGUGAAAUUACAGCUUUUUCAAAAUUUGAUGAAUAUAAAAGUUCAUUUCACCAAAACGUAUCAAAUACAUCAAUUUAUGAUAUUUCUGGAGACACAUGGUAUGGAGAUUUCAACUCAUCAAAAUUAGAAAAAAUUAAAAAUUUUUGCAAAAAACAUUUACCAUUUUUAUUAUCAAAAGAAACAGAUGAACCAGAAGAUAUUUUAAACGUACUUUUAAAAACUCAUCACAAUAUUACUACACCAGGUUAUGAAACAUCUGAUAAUAAUAACAAACGUACUUUUGUAUUAAACAAAAAGGAUUUUAAAAAAAUGCAUCAAAUUUUAAAUGAAUAUUACCCACCUAAAGAUGGAAAAGUUAAUUUAAAAACCAAAAUUUCCAACUAUUACAAAAAAUUCAAAGACAAAAGAUCAAAAAAAAGAAGAUUAAGAGCAGAAAAAAAUUUGGUUCCAAUUAUUAAAACCACCCAAAAUGAUAAUUAUUCAAUUGAAAUUGAAAAUUGCAAAAAAGCUGAUGAAAUUUCUAUUGAUGAAUUUUUAAAAAACUUAAAUGACGAACAAGCUUUAAAAUAUGAAAGAGAAGAACAAGAUUACUAUUUUACACCAAGACUUGAUCAAGUCAGAACAUAUUAUCAAUCAAUUCAUUAA